CUUAAUGCGCAUGCGCACCUUGAUUGUAAUUGAUUGCUAUAAUUAUAAGGAUCUUCAAUAUUAUUAUUAUUAGCUGGGGCAGAAUUGAAAAAACACUUGAAUGUUUUCAGCUCCUGCUAAUCAGUGCCAGAGUGAGGUGCCCACCUCAGGCAUGCUCCACUACUCUGGUGAAGAUCCUGCAGUGACUCGCUUCAGAGAGUUGCUGAGCAUCCAGACUAUAUCUCUCAAGAAUCUGGACACCCCUGGGCCUCAGCCUGACUAUUAUGGGGUGGUGCGGUUUCUGGAGAGAGAGGCUAAAGAAAUCGGACUCCUCUUCAAGUGCUUUGAGGUGGCCCCCAAUCGUCCAGUUGUGAUAAUUUCAUGGGAGGGUGCUGACCCCACCCUGCCCUCAGUGAUGCUGAACUGUCACACUGACGUCGUACCAGUGUUCCAGGACAAGUGGGAAUGUGAUGCAUUCAGCGCUUACAAGAAGGAGAAUGGAGACAUCGUGGCAAGAGGAAGUCAGGAUAUGAAGUGCUGUGGUUGCUGGUAUUUGGAGGCCGUUAGAAACUUGAGAGCUGCUGGAAAGUCUUUCCUAAGAACAAUCCAUAUGACGUUUAUGCCAGAUGAAGAGGUGGGCAGCUUCAAUGGUAUGAUCAAAUUUGUUCAGAGAGAGGAGUUUAAGGAGCUGAAUGUUGGGUUCUGUUUGGACGAGGGCUUGGCCAACCCGACAGACGCCUUCACUGUAUUCUAUGCUGAGAGGUCACCAUGGUGGCUCACCAUUCACUGUCCUGGUAAUCCGGGUCACGGCUCACGGUUCAUCGAGAACACCGCUGUAGAGAAAGUGCGCAAGAUUCUGAACAGGGCGCUUGACUACAGAGAUUCCCAGGAGGCAAGGCUGAACUCUGACCCCUCACUACGACUGGGUGAUGUGACCACACUCAAUGUGACAAUGCUAGGAGGUGGCGUCCAAUGGAACGUCGUCCCUGACUCAAUGUCCCUGGGCAUGGACUUAAGAGUCACCAUAACUCAGGACCACCAGGAGCUGCUUGAGAUGAUCCAGGGAUGGGCACGGGAGGCGGGGGAGGAUUGCACUGUCGAGUUCAGGAUCAGAGACAGCAAAUCACCAGUAGUCAGCACUGACGAGAGUGACCCAUGGUGGAGAGCAUUCUCGUCUGCCUGCAAGCAGCGUGACUUGAAGGUUGAGAAGGAGGUAUUCCCAGCUGGCACCGACAGUCGAGUCAUCAGACCACUUGGGAUUCCUGCGCUGGGUUUCUCUGCUAUCAACAACACACCCAUCCUCCUUCAUGACCAUAACGAGUUUCUUAACGAGAGGGUCUUCCUCAAAGGAAUUCCCAUCUAUGAGGACAUAAUAAGCAACUUAGCGUCAGUCAAACCAUAAUAUAUACUGUCACACCAGACGUGUGUGUAUUAUACUAUAGGCCAUGCAUAUACUGCUUUUCAUUUACUUUCAUUUUGUGGUAUUUAAAACAGGUAUUAUAGUUUUUGUCCAUUCUAUUUGCAUAAUAUUUUUUGUAUGUCAA